AUGCCUUUUGCGCAGCUUGUUCUUGGCAGCCCUGGCUCUGGCAAGAGCACUUAUUGCGAUGGCAUGCACCAAUUCAUGGGCGCCAUCGGCCGGGCAUGCUCUGUCGUGAACCUCGACCCUGCCAACGACCACACCAAUUACCCAUGUGCACUAGACAUUCGAAGUCUGAUAAAAUUAGAAGAUAUUAUGAAGGAGGAUCGACUUGGGCCGAAUGGCGGCAUACUGUAUGCCCUUGAGGAGCUGGAGCACAACUUUGAGUGGCUAGAGGAAGGGUUGAAAGAGCUUGGCGACGACUAUAUCCUGUUUGAUUGCCCUGGUCAAGUUGAGCUCUACACACAUCACACUUCUCUGCGAAACAUUUUUUACAAGCUUCAGAAGUCUAAGUUUAGGUUUGUCUGCGUGCACUUAUCCGACUCCAUCUGCGUAACGCAACCGUCAUUAUAUGUCUCCAAUGUGCUCCUGUCCCUUCGAGCCAUGAUCCAGAUGGACAUGCCGCAUGUCAACGUCCUGUCCAAGAUUGACAAGGUGUCAGCAUACGACGAGUUGCCGUUCAACCUGGAAUUUUAUACUGAUGUCGAUGACCUGAACUAUCUUACACCAUAUCUUGAAUCCGAGUCGCCAGCUCUGCGGAGUGAAAGGUUUGCUGGACUUAACGAAGCCAUUGCCAAUAUGAUAGAAAGUUAUGGGCUAGUGCGAUAUGAGGUCCUUGCUGUUGAGAAUAAGAAAAGCAUGAUGCACCUGCUUCGUGUUAUUGAUAGGGCAGGCGGCUAUGUCUUUGGCGGCGCCGAAGGUGCGAAUGAUACCAUCUGGGCUGUGACCAUGCGGAGUGAGUCGUCCAUGCUAGACGUUCAGAACAUACAAGAACGCUGGAUCGACCAGAAAGAGGAGUAUGAUAAGAUGGAAAGGGACGCGGAGGAGGAACAAGCGCGGCUUGCCGAAGAGCAGGCCAUGGAGUUGGACGAUGCAACGCCGCCAGCACCAGCCGCUGCAUAUCCCUCAACGCAAAUGGAUCCCGACUUUGGUGACAUGUCAUUGCCGUCAGAUAGUGGGAUCAAAGUGGUUAGGAAAAAAUGA